UGUCAUUGUGUGUGUCCGUGUUAGUUUUUCGACGUUUUUCGUUAUGGCGAGACUCCCAUUAAAUACGAAAAAGUGUCCUCAGUUUCCUUGACAUUAUUACUUUUUUUUUAUUCUAUAAAAAAAUCAAAUCGCAAAUUAAUCAUUCAUUGCACAAAGAUUUCUCUGCAAAAAAAAAAAAACAUUUAGUGUAUUCCGGUUUUCAUCCGCAAAAUUUUGAUUUGUCAUAUAAGAAAUAUAAAAAAAAAAAAAAAAUGAUCCGGUGAAUUCUAGCGAUAAAACGAGAGAUUUUAAGAACAAUAAUAGCCGCGAGUGUUUUUGAUAAUAAUAAUAAUAAUAAUUCUUUUUACAAAUAAAUCGUCAUACGUGUGUGUAUAUAUAUAUAUAUAUAUAGAAAGUGAGAACUCGCGAUCUUGUCAGUUCAGCCAUCUUUUUCGGCAGUUUUUUUUCGGGGGUAAGGUGACAAUUUUUCUCCCUGUGUGUGUGUUUUUUUUCUCUCCCCCCUCCAUUUUUAUGGAAAACAAUUUUUGAAAAGUAAUGAAUUCGUGAAAUUUUCUAUCCUUCAACGAUCAUUAUAAUCGCUGCGAUCAUGUUUGGUGAAUAGUGUGAGUGAUUUUUUUUUGUAUAUAUGUAUAUACAUAUAUACACGCACAUAGAGAAGGUUGUUACAAAAAAAAAAAAAAAGUAUACUUGACAUAUUAGCAGCUGUGUUUUAAAAAGUGAAAAUUAAAAGUUAAAUUUUUUCUAAACUUCAAUAAUGUGUUAUUAAUUGAUAGUUAUUGGUGGAAAUUAUGUGUUUCAAGUGAGAAAAAAAAAAAAAGUAGUGUAUUCUAUUGUUUUUAGUUAAACCCCCCUCCCCUUUCUCAUCCCUCUAAACCUUUUCGUAAAAAAAAAUAAUUUUUGUUCGGCUACGCGGGUGGUGUUUAAAAAAAAAAUAAUAAUAAUAAUAAUUAAAAUAUAAAUAUGGCGGUGAAUCCAAGGGAUAUGGAUGGCUUUUUGCCACUUUUGUCGGAGACUGAUAUUAAAAAGAAACUCCACGUGGGUACACUCCUCUUCAAUUACCUCGGGAAUCCAUUGAAGAGUAUUGAAUGUCAAGAUAUUGGAUUGUUUAUUGACAAUAUUGUCCCAUGGCUCAACAAUGGAAGUCCAAAAGUCGUACAAAAUGGAUUGGAAAUAUUAACAUUCCUUGCUGAUCGAAUGGGAACUGAUUUUAAACCUUAUAAUUCGUCAGUGAUUCCAGCAACAAUUGAUAAAUUGGGCGACAGCAAAGAUCAAACAAGAGAGAAGGCGCAAUUGGUGAUAUUGAAAAUUUUGGAAAAAGGAAGUAUGACACCACAACAAUUAGUCGAUAGACUUCAACCUGCAUUUAGUCAUAAAAAUGCGAAAUUACGAGAAGAUGCAAUGAUCCUUUUAACAACUGCACUUAACGAACACGGCGCAGAUGAAAUGACACUUUCUGGUGUGAUACCAAGUAUUGUAAAAUUAUUGUCGGAUCCAACGGAAAAAGUAAGGGAAACCGCAUUAAGUACAUUGACGGAUUUUUAUCGACACGUUGGCGAACGAUUACGAAUGGAUCUUCAAAGAAAACACAAUGUUCCACCGUCGAAGUGGGCUUUGCUGGCAGAAAAAUUCGAUCAAUUAAAAGCGGCUGGUGAUCUUUUGCCAUCGGCAAUGUCUGCAGACGUGGGAAAAGAAUCAGACGAACCUGACAGAGCGAUACGUUCGGCGCCUGUUAAAAAAGUCACAUCUAGUCUUUUACAAAAAAGAAGUCAAUUUGGACCAGCAAAGCAAGUGCUUUCAGUGCCAGAUACAAACAGUCACGAUGCAAUUACAAAGGCGACGAAUGUCAAAAGAAUACCGUCAAUAAAACCACCUUCAGGACAAGCGGGAGCAGUGGACGAGGAUACAUUCAUAAAAGCCUUUGAUGAUGUUCCCGAUGUGACGAUAUUUUCUGCCAAAAAUCUCGAAGAACAGAUGAAAGUCAUUAAAGACAUUGUCGGUGACGAGAAAAAAGACUGGAAACUUAGAACUGAAACUAUGAAAAAAUUACGUGGAAUUAUAAUUGCCGGCGGACCAAAUUAUGAUAAUUUUGCCGAAUGUUUAAAAAAUAUGCAACGAGCAUUUGAUACGGCAUGUAUGGAUUUGAGAUCGCAAGUUGUACGCGAAGCCGCAAUUACAAUGGCAUUUUUAAGUCAACAAUUGAAAAAUAAAUUCUCCAGUUUUGCUGAAGCCGUUUUACUCACUCUUAUGAAUCUCAUUCAAAAUAGUGCCAAAGUCGUGGCGUCGGCGGGUGCAGUUGCCGUACGAUUUAUACUACAACAUACGCACGGUAGUCGUUUAAUUCCAAUAAUUACAUCGUGCAUGAAUCAUAAGAGCAAAGAAAUACGUCGCGCCUCUUGUGAAUAUUUGAAUCUUAUUUUAAAAUCCUGGCCACAACAACUUUUGGUCAAACACGUUAAUAUUCUACAGGAUUCAAUUAAAAAGGGAAUCGCCGAUUCAGAUCCUGAAGCACGUUCCUUUGCUCGAAGUUCGUAUUGGGCGUUUAAGGAUCAAUUUCCCGAGCAGGCGGAAAUUUUGUUAAAUAGUCUCGAUGCAACGUAUAAAAGAUCAUUGAUGUCAUUGAGCAACAGUGGCAGUAUAAACAGUUUAAAUGCAGUGGCGCGAACAACAAGCGUCAGUCCACGAGCAUCAAGACCCGCUUUGAGUGCCGCAGGUAGCACUGAGAAUUUACAUCAGACUCAGGGCCAACCUCAUGGCCCACUGAGACGAACUCCGUCCUUACCACGUUCUUAUCGUCAAUCUGGAAUUCCGAUUCUGCAAAGACCCACUGACAAUUACUGUCGAAUCACACCAGUUGGACGAUCAACGAGUGCCAUUGAUCAUCAAGCUGCUCAAAGGGCAAAAGCUCGAAUGCUUUACGCGAGUAUUAAUCGACAAAAAGCCACAUUACCACGUCAAAGUAAAUCACCGGAUUAUAGUGCUGUCGCAAGUCCCGAGAGAGUUGCAAGAACGAGAACAAGAGUUGCUGGUGUUUCACAAUCACAACCGAGCAGUAGAUCAGGUUCACCAUCGUCGAGAUUGAGUUACGCGACUUAUAAUCGUGAAGGUGAAUCCCUUGUUCCUCGUCCAAGAAAAUUGUCAAGUCAUGGAGUUGGAAGUACUGGAAAUAGUCGUGAACCUAGUCCACAGCGUUUUGGAAUUGAUAGGAAUUUUGGCUCAAAAUUGAGAGGAAGAAAUUUACACACAUCGCCAACGGAUAGGCCGCCAUCGAGGCCAGUUAUGGCGCAAAAAAUGCUUCAACAAUCGAGAGAGGCCGAAUCGGCAUUGGCCGAUGCAUUAACAUUUAAUAGUAUAGAUAAUUAUAAUAGAACACCAAAAGGUAAAGGCGAUCACAGCGAUGACAGCGAGACAAGUAGCAUUUGCUCUGAAUACAGUUUGGACAGUUCACGACGACCGAGUGACUCUUUCUCAUGGAGCGGCUCACAACAGAGACUCUAUCGAGAUUUAUGGGAUCAAUCAAUCCCAAAGGAUAUUAAGGAAAUAAUUGAUAACUGCAGCCGUAAACAUUGGAGCGAUCGAAAAGAGGGCCUCGUUGGUCUACAACAUUUUCUAUCAAAUGGCCAAACAUUAUCUGGCUCUGAAUUAAGAAAAAUAACUGAUAUUUUUUCAAAAAUGUUUAUGGAUUCACAUACAAAAGUAUUUAGUUUAUUUUUAGAUACACUAAAUGAAUUAAUUGUCACGCAUAAAGAAGAUUUGGGCGAUUGGCUUUAUGUUCUUUGCGCUCGUCUUCUCAAUAAAUUGGGCACCGAUUUACUUGGCUCGGUGCAUGCAAAAAUUCACAAAACCCUCGAUAUUGUCAGAGAAUCGUUUAGCGGCGAACAAUUAUUGCCGGCUGUAAUGCGAUUUUUAACGGAUCCAACGCAAACGCCAAAUUCACGUGUUAAAGUUGCAACAUUGACAUUUCUUAUGCAAAUAACUGAAAUUUCGGAGCCAUCGGCGUUGACGAGUUCCGCGGGUACGGCUCUUGCGCGUCUCAUUGAUUGGACGAAUGAUGUUAAAAGUCAAGACGUGAGAAGACACGCUCAAAGUACUGUAAUUGCAUUGUACAAUUUGAAUCCCGCACAAGUUACUUUGAUCCUCUCGGAAUUACCAAAAUAUUACCAAGAAGCUGCGUUGCCAUUGGUUCAAAAUCAUUUGAGAAGAUCAUCGGGAACGAGUAAUCCAUCAUCGCCAAGUACGCCACCACCUCGUGUUCCACAUUCGCCAGCGAGAAGAAUAAAAAUUGAUGUAAAAAGUGAAGUUGAUUCUGGUGACGAUCAUUUAAAUCCAGAAGAAGUUUAUAAAUCGUUAAGAAGGACAACGGCGGAAAUUCAAAAUUAUGGUUUUGAACGAUUGGAAAAAGCAACGACGAGUAAAGAUAGUGGAAUCAGUAAUAUGGCCGAUGUUGAGGAAAGAAUUGAGUCACUAACAUUAACGAAUUCGGGCCGAUCGUCGUCCGUUUCGUCGCCGACACAGAGAGGAAAACCCGUCACAAAUUCCACCGUUAAUGGAACGAACGAUGGACCAGAUGCUGAUCUUUUGAUUCCUCAGGAAAACAAUGGCUUUAAAACACACGGUUCAUCGCCAGAUUCGUUACGUGGACCGGAUGUUGUUGACAAUGUGAUAAAGUCUUUACAAACACAAGAGACGGAGGAGCAGGAGAAAAUAACAACCCUUCAAGAAUUUCAAUUGUAUCUUCAUGACGGUGACAUUUCCUACGUUAAACAAAAUUUCAAGAAAUUAUUAAAAUGCCUUUUGGAGAAUUUAAACAGUGAACAGGUGAAAUUUGUAUUGGAAAUAUUAAAAACCCUCACCGAAAUGGUGAAAUGUAUGGAACUUGUUGAAAUAUUUACGAGUUAUGCUGAUCUUCUUGUAUUGAAAGUGAUAAAUGCCCAUAAAUUCGAGGAACAAAAUGAAGAGGCUUAUAAAUUGACAGUAAAUAGAAUAGAGAUUCUUCGAAUAGCGGAAAAAUGUGCAGCAACGAUAGCAACAAUUUUGCCAGCGGACAGGAUAAUUAAUUUAACAUCGUCAAUUAUCACCACUGAGGAAUAUCCAAGAAAUAUGGGCGCUAUUAAAAUGCUACAAAAAGUUGUCGAAUAUCAUGGACGACAAGUGAUUGAACCAUUUCUCGAUCAAGUCAUGCCGAGUUUAAUUCAGGCUUACGAUCAUCGCGAGAGUAAAGUACGUAAGAGUGCAGUAUUUUGCAUGGUCGCAAUACACGAGGCAGUUGGCGAAGAAAAAUUAAAACCACAUUUAAGUUCACUUUAUGGAAGUAAAUUAAAAUUGUUGACUAUUUACAUUCAACGUGCACAGCAAGCAAACAGUCAACCUGCAAGUCCAAGGAGUAGCAGUAAAAAUUAACUAGUGUCGAAUGCUGCGUCGCUAAGGAUUGCUAUCCUCAAAAAAUUUGCGCGCUGUUCACGUUUUUUUAAAUAAUAUAUAUAUAUAUAAAAAAAAAAAAUUAAUUAAUAAUGAAAAGAUGAUGAAGAAAAAGAAAAAAAAAGAAGGAGAAGAAGAAAGAGAGAGAGAAAAAAAAUCAAGUUAACGUGUAUAUAUAUUUUUCUUAUUUUAUUUUUUAUUUUAAUUUUUUUUUUCUUCUUUUUUUUAUAUACGUAUUAUUCAGCAGCAGCAGAGAGAAAAAAAAAGGACAACAAAAUAUAAAACACGACAUUUUUCAAUUUUCUCUUUUUUUUUUUUUUUUUUGUUACCUUGUGUCGUAAAAUUAAUUAUUAUUAUAAUAAUUAUUAUUAUUAUUAAUUAGAGUAAUUAUAGAAUUAAUAUUAUUUUUAUUAUCUUUAUUAUUAUUAUUAUAUUAUUAAUAUUAUGUCCAACGAGAAUUGUAGAGCCUUUUUCAAUGCUAAUUAUUUAAACAAAAAAUAAAAGUUUAAUACGUACAUCGCGCUACUAUUAUUAUUAUUAUUAUUAUUAUUAUCAUAAUUAUAUUAAUGUAUCUAUUGUUAUUCUAUUACUAAUAAAGUGCAAAAGAAUUCUUUCGA